AAGGAUAAAAAUGAAAAAUUCAAGUACCUUUAAUAAAUCCCAAAAUAGAGGAUUAAAAAAAAGGGGACAUGAAAAAUAGUAAAUGGGAUGAUGAUUUAAACGCCGUCGCAUUGGGCUUUUUUUCUGAAAAUGACUUCAAACUUGAUUUUACAGUGCAUCGAGGGUCAAAUCACUUCUGAACAGCUUGAAAAAGAAUUAGAAGGCUUGAUUCAAGCAACACUAAGAGAUUCAUCUUUUCGAGUUCAACAAGGUGGUAAAAAGGAAUUCUGGCUUUCAUUUUGUCCAGCAAUCAACACAAUAGAAAAUAAACAAUGCAUUAUCAACCUGCUAAAGUUUGCUAGAAAUAUCGUUGCAGGAGAAUUAAGUAAUCAGAGACUUGCAUUUGAAAAUGGAGCGUUAGACAGUAUACAGAAAAGACUUUUAAACGAGGCAUACGACUAUCAGAAUGAUAAUACGCUAAUGUUACAAGUGAGUACACAAGCUAUUUGUAAUAUCAUUACUGGUAAUCCAAGUGUUAUCGAUUUUGUUUGGAAAGAAUGGAUGAUGGAUCAAUCAAAGGGUCGCAUUUGGUGUGAUAUACUAUCAAAAAAUAAUGAUGACUUGCUCACCAGUGUAUUUGUCCUUAUCAUUAAUUGUAUAUCACAAAACAAACAAAGAUGUGAAUGGAUGAUGGAAAGUGAGGUUGGAAGAAAACUAUUAGGCCAAGUGUUGGAUGACCUUGAGAGAUUACAUGAAAACCAAGAAAGCAAGAAUUUUGAAUUAGGCUAUGCUAUAUUCAGUGAAUUGUUUACCUAUGGCUAUUUUAGACAAUUAUAUACGCUAUUUAACAAUAACACGGAAGUGAUCAGUACACGACAAACCAUAUUACUCAAACUAUUAGAUUCCAAGAUCCAUACAUAUAAAGAUAUAUUACCGCCUUUUAUAAGUAGUAAUGAUUCCAAGUUCCUUUCAAAGCAAUUUGAGACAAUAGCCAAGGAAAUCAUUCAGGUCAUUGUAUCCGUAAAGGAAUCACAGCAACAAAAAUCUGAUUUACAAGUGGGCCAAAUGUCAAAUCUGUAUACAGCCAUCAUAUUACUAUUUCAAGUCAUCAAUCAAUUACUCUUAUUUGAAGCUAAAGAUUUGAAAUCGUCCAUGAUUGAGAUAGAUGCCAUGCGCUUGAUAGCAGAUAUCCUGGGCUCCUUACAGACAAUACAGCUACCACCUGCAGAAACCGAUCAUCCGGAACAAGGAUUUAACUUUCUCAAACGAGAAUGUGUACGAACGAUAGGAACUCUUUGUUAUGAAGAUAAAAUGAUGCAAGACAAGGCCCGUGAAAUAGGCGCUAUUCCUUUGAUAUUGAAUCAAUUUAAAAUAGACGAUUCUAAUCCAUAUUUAAGGGAAUAUGCUACGUUAGCCAUUCGAAAUAUUAUGAAAGAUAAUAUUGAAAAUCAAAAGAUGAUUGAGCAACUAGAGCCACAGCAAGUAGAGCAAACGGAUGAACUAGCGCAGAUGGGAAUCACGCCUGAAUUACUAAAAGAUGGAAAAGUGCGCAUUAAAAGAACAGAGCUAUAAGAAAAGGGCAGAAGGGAGAGAUAACAUGUGUUUGAUAAAAAAGUACAACUAGAACAAUUUGAUACAUAUACAAAAAUAAAAUGAGUCAAGACUAUUCUAAUCAAUUCAUAACAUCAACAUGAUAGCGUAUGCAUAAGCUACUUAUAAUCUAUUUAAAUAGGCGUUUCUCUGCUUCAGUCAUUUGUUCCUUCCCCCCCCCCCUUUUUUUAAUAAUUUCCCUUAUCUUUGUGCAAUGAAAUGCUUGAAGGAGAC